GAAGAUGCCGAUUCACCCAACUCGCGCACUCCAGGCCUCCCGGGCCACCGCCCCGGCUUCCCCUGCGGCCCUGCUGAUUCGUGUUGUGGAAAAUGACUGGGCUUUCAUUGUCUUGCGCCGCGACCAACAUGUCGAUCAAGCCCCAGCACAAUAUUCUCAUCGUAACCGGGCCCGCGGGUUGCGGCAAGAGCACCGUCGCCAAGUACCUUGCCGAGCGGUAUGGGUUCCAUUACAUUGAGGGAGACGAUUUCCAUCCUCCCGCGAACAUCGAGAAAAUGUCCAAAAACAUCCCCCUGACUGAUGAAGAUCGCUGGGACUGGCUCAUCACGCUUCGCGACCAAGCCCUGAACCAGUUGAAAUCAGGGGCCCAUGGAGUCGUCAUUACUUGUAGCGCCCUGAAGAAGAAAUACCGAGACGUCAUCCGCACGGCGCGUCUCUACGAUGAGGAUCCCAACGCCAACGUGCGCUUCGUAUACCUCAAGGCAAGCAAGGAAGUCUUGUUGCAACGGGUCGGAGGACGCCAAGGCCAUUACAUGAAAGAUACGAUGGUCUUGAGCCAGCUUGCGGCACUCGAGGAGCCAGGCGAGGACGAAACCAGAAAGCUCCAUGAUGUGGACAUUAUCGACGUAUCCGGAUCACCCGAAGAGGUUGAGAAGCUCGUGACCGCUGCCGUGGACAAGGCACUCGACAUCAGCUCAUGACAAUCACGGAACUGGUUCAGACUUUCCUUUCUCUUUCUUUCAGUCUUGGCCGCAUUCCAACUGCGGAGGGUUUCCAAGCGUUGAGCAUAUCGGGCAUCGGCAAAUGGGUUUGGCGGAGAAAUGGCGCAAUAAGAUGUUGUUUAUACCCCUGCGACAGGGAUUUCGGCUACAGUGGUCGAGAGGGGCCGUUCCUAGACCGGACAUCUAUCUUCCGGAGAUAUUGGCGGAGGAUUUCGUUGUAUCGGUGGCAGCUAUUACGACCGAUAUUAGGUAUCCUAGUGAAUCACAAAUGCAUUAAGUGCAACUCCCCAACAUUGUGUCAAGCUUCCUGAAUGAACACCAUACACACGACGUGAGUGUCGCAUCGUGGCGAGAGCAGUGGUAUGGCCCCUCUAUUCUAAGCGUGCAUGCCUUGUGUUUUGAAGCAACGACUCAGGUUAGUGAACGAUGGAGGAGUGGGAGUAAAAGACAUGUGCUACUGUGGGUAGGUAGCGCGCGGA